UCACGGAGGUUAUUAAAUAUUUGCAGGAAGCGGAAGAAGCUGCAGCGAAACUUCCGGGAAACAGACAAUAAACAGCCGGGGUGGCGGUCCGAUAUCGAUUAUUGAUUGUUGACUAUCAAGUUAUCGCCGGUCAGUGCGGUCUGCGGCACUCGUAGAGCGAACCGGAAGCACCUGUAACGGCCGCUGAUUGGACACCGCUGGCUCAGUCUUUGGCCCGGUUAGACCCGGAUCGGAGCACCAUGGGAGCACACCGCAGCGACGGAGGCCGGGACUGGCUGCAGCAGGACGGCCCGGAGCAGCCGGAACCGCCGGAGCAGAGCCCGCCGUGGAACCUCAUGAUCAAACACAGACAGAUCCACAGACGAGGACGACGCUCUCACAUGACGGUCAGCUACACAGAUCCUCAGGUGUCCAUGGACCUGCUGAGAGCAGUGCUUCAGCCCAGCUUCAACCAAGACAUCAUGUCCGUGUUCAGCAAGUAUCAGAAGUUCUUUGAGAAGGCAGCGGAGAACGUGAAGGAGAACGUUGGAGAUGAUGUUCAGACAGAUCAGCUGAUCAAGGAGGCCUGCAGAAACGUCCUGGAACACGCUAAGCAACUGUUUCCAGAGGGGGAGGUGAAGAGGGCAGGGCCAGAGGUGGUGAUGAAGAGGCAGCGAGCUGUUGAUGACGACUGCAGCCAGAGAGGAAGCCCGCUGCUCAAGAAAAGGAAGAUGCGUCCAGGUCCUGUGGCUUCAUCUGAUCGACCUCUGACCUUCUCUGUAGUGAAGCCCAAGUCUGAACCCAUCAAGAAGGAGGGGCCAAAGUGGGAUCCGUCCAGACUCAGCGAGAGCAGCACGUUCGUUCUCGGCUCCAGAGCCAACAAGGCGCUGGGGAUGGGUGGGACCAGAGGACGGAUCUACAUCAAACACGCCGACCUGUUCAAGUAUGCAGCAGAUGCCAAGGAUAAGCAGUGGCUGGCAGAGCGACACCACAUGAGGGCGACAGGAGGGAAGAUGGCCUACCUGCUGAUAGAGGAGGACAUCCAGGAUCUGUCCCGCAGUGAUGAGUACAGGGACUGUCCGGAUGUCAGGAUGGACGAGUUGAAGCCAUUCACAGUUCCUCAGUGGAUGGUGGAGAAGAUGCAGAGAGCCAUGGAGGCUCAGAGAGAUGCUGACCUCUGACCCUAAUACACUUCUAAGUCUUCCCCCAUUAGGUCUGUAGUAACCACAGAUUAGAUAAAAGAUGGGCCAAUCAGAGAAGAGGACUGCGAUCAUGUGACCAGUUUUUAUUUGCACUGUUUUUAAAAAAAUAAAACAUGUUUGCAACUCUU